ACUCCAUCCAUCAUUCUGCUGCACUUUGGCCCUAUUCGUGUACACGCUGCUGCGCGGUGAUGAAGCCGUGUUCUUACAGAGCGGCUCUGCCUGAAAGGAAACGUCUGAAAGUCUAGGCUCUGACUGCACUGCAUGGGUUUCGUGGAGGGAUUAAUGGUUAAUGGUGAUUAGAAGGAGAGCCUUAGCAUAGUGUGACGAAAUGUCUCCGUCCUCCUUCACUCCACUUGUGUAUUAUUGUUCCACUCCCUCCAGCCAGACAAGGCCCUGACUCAACCGGACUUUUGCUCUUUUCAGUUUGUUUGUUUAGCUGGGUUGAUGCGAAGCCGCGGAUGCGCGUGGAUAGCUGGGUGUUGAAAAUGUUGUAGUGUAGGUGUAACGCACCGUAUGGGGCUGGACCUGUAGUUUAGAUAAGCUCGAAGUAGCUGCAGCUGGCGCAGGUCAAGGUCCUUUUGAGGUGCAACCGAUGUGUGAAUGAGGAAGAGUAGAGCGAUUCGCUUGUGAGAGAGAAAGUUGGCCGCACUCAGGCUGCAUUGCUUCUUUCAGUGAUAAUUCACAUGAUAGCAAUGGAUAUUUCGUGAGCGCUGAAUGUUGCUAGAUGCGCGCUGUCACGGUUCAGUAACCAUUCAGUUACGAGAUAUGCUAGUGAUAUCGUUGUGACUUUCACCGAAGGUCGAUAGCUAUGACCCGCCAUAGCGUACUGGCAACUUUUCUCUGCGCAUUGGACUCGUAGCUCUUUGGCGUCAGGGGCAACUAAUCUUCACUGCUAAGAACUGUUACAUUGCUCAAGUUUCGGACCAACUCAUUGGACAAAGCUGUAGGAGUUCGUCAAAUAUUGUCGACAGCGAGUAUAUUUUCACUUGUACAUCAUUCAGCCAUUGUCGUGACGAUGGGUGUUGGAGCUGAUCUAUGUCCAGACAUGUGUGGAAGGGCUCUGUGAUGUACAAGUCACACAUGAAUACGCGGAAAGGAAGUCUGAAAUGCGAAAGAAGAUAGCAUCGCCAAAAAGAGCUUUAGCCCGUCGUAACCUUCACUUUGCAUCAUAGAUAUUCAACAUUACCACUGUCCUGGGAUUAGAGUUGAUGUUUGUAGGGACGUUACACACUGUCACUGCCAUACACUCUGAGUUGAUAACAACAGGGAUGCAUUUUCCAGAAAACAGGUCACAGAGUACCAUCAUUCUUCAAUGACAGUCAUUACAGUCUAGUCAAUUUAAGUCUUCCCCGGUCGUGACAGUGAAAUUAAAAGGCUCCGUCGCGGCAGGGGAGUAUGUUUUGAGCUUUGAUCAAAAUUACAGACAUUCCGCUGUCCCCUGGCACCAUGGCCGACUUUGAGAGGAGGAGAGAUGGGCCUCGCAGUAAUCACGUGGUUUGUUGCUGCACCGGAACAUGCACAGGAGUCAAGAGCAGCCGCUGCGGAGACAAGCCUUAUGUUAAAUCCUCCCAGGUGGCUACACUUCCUUCACAAUCACCUUCUCCCGCCCGCAACAAGACCUACACUCUGGAGCUUUGCGACCUGUCCUACAAAAUUGUGAAUACGAAGAGAGAAACCAAUGGUGCCAAGGGAGAGAUGAGUGCCCCUUUCAACACGAAGGGGUCUAAGUACAUUCUGAAGCAUAUUACUUUUGAUGCCAGGCCUGGAGAGGUUAUGGCGGUGGCAGGGCCCAGUGGUGCAGGGAAAUCGACCCUGCUAGAGGUUUUGGCCGGGAAGAUCCGGCCUAGCUCACCAUCGACCAGCAUUCUCGUUAAUGGUCACCCCAUGGAUAGGCAGCACUUUCGCCGAAUCAGUGGCUACGUCAUGCAAGACGAUGCACUCUUCCCCAUGCUAACGGUCCGGGAGACGCUGAUCUACUCUGCACGAUUGCGGUUACCCUCGGUUGUUCCCAUGACGGAGAAGGCGGCGCGCGUUGAGGCUCUGAUGGCGGAGCUCGGGUUAAGCCAUGUGGCAGGAUCACGAAUUGGGAACGAGAGCAUCCGAGGGGUUUCAGGUGGAGAAAGGCGGCGCGUCUCAAUCGGAGUAGAUUUGAUCCAUGACCCUGCCGUGUUGAUUUUGGACGAGCCGACGUCCGGGUUGGAUUCUGCGGCCGCACUGCAUGUGUGCAGCAUGCUGAGAGCUAUGGCCGUCUCUCGAAACCGCACCAUUAUUCUCAGUAUCCAUCAACCGGGGUACCGAAUUUUGCAACUGUUUCAUGCAGUGCUUAUAAUGGCGCAAGGGUCCGUAGUGCAUCAUGGUAGUCUAGAUCUCCUCACGCAGCGGCUCAAAGCAGCGGGGCACAGCAUCCCAGCACAGGUGAAUGUCCUCGAAUACGCCAUCGACUCCAUCGACGCGCUCGACCAAACCGAUCGCAGCAGCAUCUUUUCAGUCCGAGGGAAGACCGACCUCCCCAUCCUGACCCUCCAGGAGCUGUUCGAGCUUGAGCCCAGCCGCCCUACAACGCCGAUGACCACCAACAGCAACUCGACAUCUCCAAGUCACGAUGAAGGUACCGACAAGAUUAACUUCGCAAACUCACGAUGUAAGGAGAUAGCCAUCCUUUCCCACCGAUUCCUGAAGAAUGUGAUCCGCACGAAGCAGCUCCUUACCGCGCGCACCAUUCAGGCACUCGGUUGUGGGUGCGGUCUUGGUACAAUCUACCUCCACAUGGGCUUUGGCACUCCGGGUAUGCAGAAACGGGUGGGAUUCCUCGCCUUCACGCUCACAUUUCUCCUCACAUCCUCCAUUGAAGUUCUUCCCAUCUUCCUCGAAGAGCGCAACAUCCUCACCAGGGAGACCUCUCGCGGCGCUUAUCGGGUUUCUUCCUACGUCCUUUCCAGCACCCUCGUCUUCCUCCCCUUCCUCCUCUUCAUCGCGCUUCUCUACGCAGGGCCUGUCUACUACCUCGUCGGAUUAGCCCCUCAAGUGGACGCAUUCCUCUUCUUCCUGCUCGUCAUUUGGCUGAUCCUAGUCACGGCGAACUCCUUUGUCUCCUUCUUCAGCGCCCUGGUGUCGAAUUUUAUCAUGGGGAACACGAUCGUUACGGGCGUCAUGGGAGCAUUCUUCUUGUUCUCCGGGUAUUUCAUUGCGAAGGAUUACAUGCCAAAGUACUGGCUCUUCGCGCAUUACCUUUCGCUAUUCAAGUAUCCUCUCGACGCGCUUCUGAUCAACGAGUAUUCUCAUGUGAGGGAUAAGUGCUUCGGCCCGGUCUACGGCGGCAAGUGCUUCGUGACGGGCCAAAAUGUUCUCGAAAACAUGUUUCUAGACCGAGAGAAUAAAUGGAUGGACGUGGGGAUUAUGGUAGGCUUUGCCGUGGUGUACCGAAUUUUGAGCUUCGUUGCGCUGCAUUACAGGCUGGUGAAGAGACGUAAGUGAUUCACCACAUGUGUCUAGACUGUGUACCAGGCAGCAGCCCAUUUAAUCGAUUAGAUUUCCACCAGAUUAUAAAUUUGUUUGAUCCCGGACGAGUUCCCCUCUGGAGACGCUCGUUGAACAGUCGGAUCCGCAGUACAUUCUGUAAGGAAGACGACCUUGUCUAUUUUUUUUUUACCAAAGAAGAAAUAAAACCCACAACAUCACACGAAAUGCCCCAUUCACCAUCUCUAGACGCCCAUUUCGCAUCGGAAAGUUAUUGAUAUCUCCGCACAUCGUAACUUGUGGACACUCGCUGGGGGAUAUGUUUGUUGAAGAAAAUGGUCUUCGGGCUCAUGCACCGUCGAAUUCAUGUCUAGAUUCCGAAUUUGUGUCUAUAUUUCCAUGUUUCCAUCACAGUUGCUUCCAUUGCAUUCAGGUGCCAGCGAUGCAACAGUGGUGUAUUAAAUAAUGCUGGGAGUAUUCAAUUUU